CCUUUCGCCUUGCUCCGCUCUGGCCUGAAGCGGGUGCCGCGAUGGCUCCGGCCGCCGACCGGGAGGGCUACUGGGGUCCGCCGACCUCCACCUUGGAGUGGUGCGAGGAGAACUACGCCGUCUCCUACUACAUCGCCGAGUUCUGGAACACAGUGAGUAACCUGAUUUUCAUUCUACCUCCAAUCUAUGGUGCGAUUCAGACCUAUAAAGAUGGACUUGAAAAACGGUAUUUAGCUGCGUAUUUGUGUCUUACAGCUGUGGGAUUGGGAUCUUGGUGCUUCCACAUGACCCUGAAGUAUGAAAUGCAGCUGUUGGAUGAACUGCCAAUGAUAUACAGUUGUUGUGUGUUUGUCUACUGCCUGUAUGAAUGUUUCAAGUACAAGAACACAGUCAAUUAUCCACUGCUUUUCUUGUUAAUAACAUACAGCUUCGUAGUCAGCAUAGUUUACUUAAAUUUGAAAGAGCCUGUGUUCCAUCAGAUCAUGUAUGGAACGCUAGUUUCCAUUAUAGUUCUACGAUCUGUUUAUAUAGUAUUAUGGGUAUACCCAUGGCUUAGAGGUCUAGGCUAUACAUCUUUAACUGUAUUUUUAAUGGGAUUUUUUCUCUGGAAUGUGGACAACAUUUUCUGUGAUAAAUUGAGAGCACUACGAGAGAAGAUGCCUCCUGUUGUGGGAGCUGUGACACAGUUUCAUGCGUGGUGGCAUAUUCUCACAGGCCUGGGCUCUUACCUUCAUAUCCUCCUAAGUUUAUACACAAGGACUCUUUUCCUGAAACACAGGCCAAAGGUGAAGUUUAUUUUUGGAAUAUGGCCUGUUCUUCUUGUGGAGCCGCCCAAGAAGCUUUGACUGAGACCUAGGCAGUCACAUGCGAUCACCUAGCCUGGCUGAAUAAAGCGAUUCAACAGUUACUAUGGCUGAAGUGUCAAAAUUAUGGAUCAAUUCAAGUAUCGUUGCUAUAAAAGGACUUCUCUGUGUUACCAGGCCAGCCGGCUGGAACAGAGCAAAGAGUUGGCACACUAGGGAAAUAAUGUUUAGUACAGCUUUAUUCUAAGUUGUUAAAACAAAGAUUAAGACACAAUAUUUUUAUGUAUAUAUUGUAUAGCUGAUGAUACUGAGCUAAUAUUUCGUGCUGGUCACAGAAAACUAACCAUUUUUGAAGUGGAUUGCAUACAUUUUUCAUUCAGUUGUUGUUCUUUUUGUGGUUUAAACUAAUAUUAGUAACUGAAUGACAAAAACAGGCCAUUGAUGGCCAAGCUAAGCAUUUGUGUGGCCUAUAGUGAACUGAAUGCUUAACCUGAACUACUUUAAUCUUGCACUUUUAUACAAUUAAUGAAGUAUGUAAUGAUUGAUUUAGGGCUUUAUUCUAUCCUGCUUUUCCACAGCCUCCUUUGCAAUUUAUAUUUUAAGCAAAACAGUUGGGAUAUCCGUGCCAUUUAGUUCAUUUUGUACCAAGCUUCCAUUUUCUCUUUAGUCCAACUGAGGUACAUCGUGGAGGAUGUUCCAGGGUGUGACCGUCAGAAGACACUUAAGAUGGUGAAGCAUUAUAGGGGUGCUUGUUUGUGUGUGGAAACUGAAUUCCUAAUUUGUUUGACCAGUGACCCAUCAUGAGACUGCAGGAUGACUGUAUAAACACAAGAAACACUUUUUUUCUUUUUUUAUAAUUAUUAUUUACAUGCCUCCCUUUUCUAUACCUACUUUUUACUCCCCGUGUCCCAUUCAUACUACAGAUUGACAAACACUUUAGAUGUGUGCUAGUUCAGCUUUGAAUUUCUCUUUCCCUUAUUUUACAAGUCUUAAAUAUCGGUCUGACUUUCAGAAGCAUCUUCUUAUUCAGAAAUAUUGAAGAAAGAGUAAAGAACAAGAUUGAUGUUGAAGAUACCCCAAAAUACAAUCGGCAGCACUUUGAUUGCUUGCUCUUAAUCUGUCCAUCACAUGGUUACUCCGUGGAAAGUUGACCACCUUUUUAAAACCAAACUUUGGGGAUUAAUGUGGGGGGACAAACCCUCUGGUUUCUGCAAUUUUUAUCGACCCAGCUGAUGAAAGUUAAUAAGUAAGCAUAAAGAAAACAUUGAACUAACACAGUUUUUCAAAAUAUACCUCAUAUUGGAGGCUGUGGUUUUGACUCUUCAGAUCUUGGGGCAACUAACGGAGUCUGUCUCUGGGCCUCCUAGCUGCCAUGCUAUGCAAUUUUUGUCUGCUUUUGAUGCUCUGAGGGAUUUAUCCUUCUUGCCAUGAGGGAAAAAAGGGAAAUGCUCAGACUGAUUGGAAAUGCCAUUCUGUAUUGAUUUAAAAUGUGCCCACAGCAGCAAGGCACAGUAAUGUAGCUAUAAAGCUGUCUCCCAGAUCACAAAGUCCUGGUUAGUGUAAGCUUCCUUGCUCCAACUGCUGAAAAAGCGGGACUGAAAUCUGUAUUGUACAAUCAACGCUGACUAAAAUGGUCUCCUCCCUUUAAUAUCUUCUUUCUUUUUUCCUGUUUGCAGCUUAGCUGCAUCCUCGGUGGCCAUCAGUAGCACUCCUCCUGAUGUGAAUCUCCAAAUAAAAUCGUGGCUUUUGUUAUGUGACUGACCCUGGGCUCUUGGGAUCAAAUAGACCCAAACUCAGGGCUAGAAAAAGAUACUUAACCUUGGGUGACUUCGGUGAGGUUUAAGCACGUGCUGAUAGCAGUGCAUUUCAACCCGUAAUUGGCAAGCCACUGCAAAGAUUCUUGAAUGAAAAUUUUAAAACAGAUUUGUUGUCGGUAGGCUCCGGUUCCAUAGACAAGGUCAGCAUCUGUGUUGGGAAAUUUGUGUCAUCUUCAGACUGAAAGAUGUUGGAAUAACUAGCAUAGAAGUAGGAAAAUGCUGGCUUGGAUCAGGUGUCUUUAAUUAUCCAGAAGGCAUAUUUUUUGUAAAGAGAUUUGAGAACUGUUUUAAAAAUGUAGCUUAAAAAUAAGUGCCUGCCUAUUGACCUCCAGGCUCUCUCAAGCAUGCCUCUGUACACUGUAUCCGAUUUUUUUAUUAGUAUGUUUACAUGUUUUCAUAACUUAGGGAAAGAGUCCCCUAAUAGGAGCAGUGCACCAACGAGACUUGUCACAGUCACUUGUGACAUCUGCUAGGUGUGGUAUUGUUUUUAAGAAAACGAACAAAACCUUUAUUUUAGUGGCCUUAGUUUUGUUACUGGAGGAUCUGGGGGCUCUGUUUGGUUUCCCUGUAAUUGCAGGAACCAGAGUGUGCUGAAAAGCCACUUUCUUA